UAUAGGCAAUCGAUAUAUUGUGAGCAGCAGUAUUCCAGCUCUAGACCCAUCCGCAACUUGGAAAUAAAUAAAAUAAAUGUCAAAGUAGUGCUCAUGUUGUUGAAAUUCGAUUAGUUGGCUAACGAAAUGAUUUGUCGCUUGUGCUUGAACGCAUUGGACGAGCAGAAUGCCGUGCUGCUGUUCACGGGCGGCGACACCGAGGUAUCUAACAGCGACAACAAGACAAUACCGGAAAAUUAUUUGGUUCAAUUGAUAUCAACGCAUUUAUAUCUCUGUCUGUCUCGCGACGAUGCCAUUUCCACAUCCAUUUGCACUGACUGCUGUGCGCAGCUGGAGAGCUUUCACAACUUCUGGAAGCUGGUUGAGCACAAACAAACAACGCUCUGCAGCCAGUUCUUGGAAAUUGAUUGUGACGUCAAUUGGUCCGAAGAGGGCGAUGUUGAGCAGCAGCAGCAGCAGAUGCAGCACCCGUUAGCCAUAACCGAUUAUGAGCAAGACCCUGAUCCAGACCUUGAACAGGAGACUGGCGGCGACGACACGCCAGCAGUUUACGAUGUUUUGGUCAAAGAAGAAACCGAAUUUCACGAAUCUUACCUGAAGGUCGAUCCCAAGGUAGCAGCAGCCCAUAAGUUUCCCUGCAUGUUUUGCGAUAAGUCCUUCAAAAUGCGCCGCUAUCUCGAGGAGCAUGUGGCCACGCACACAGGCGAUCGUCCUAUUGCGUGUGCCUAUUGCAACAUGGCAUUUCGCUGUCGAUCCAAUAUGUACACGCAUGUGAAGACCAAGCACAACACCCAGUGGCAAAAGGCGCGCGCCGAUCGCGAAUCGGCCAAGAUCAACAGCAACAAUAAUGUUCAAAUUCAAAGAACCACCAACGGGGACAACAACGAUAAGUUUGUGGAUACACUUAACGUGCCGCCUAAUGAGCUGAAAUCGACGGUCAAAGUAGAAGCUUCCAAUCCCACUCCAGCUGCUGCUGCAGCAACAGCAGCGCCGCCGCCUCCGUCGGCGACCGUGCUAGAAGGAACGACGCCGCCACCGCCACCCAUUACCGUCAAGUGUGAGCCGAUGGAAGCAAUCAAUUUGACGGUAGAUAAGGCAACAAGCCAAGUGCCAGCUAAACGAGUCACACGCUCUAGUCGCCGCAAGACGCAUUUGCCCAAAAAGGUGCAGCAUACAACACGCAGUGGCAGCGCCAGUGAGGACAGCAGCAACGAAGCGAUGCCAGAUCUCCGCGAGAAACGCUUUAAGACCGAGCUGCAGACGUGCAAGGAAAACGAGCUGCUGCUGGCCAAUUACAAUGCGGUGGCUGCUGUUGUGGCAGCUGCCACGCAACAGCAACAGCAACUAUGCGCCACAAUUAUGCAACAGCAUCAGGAGCAACUACUAACGGCUGCAGGCAACACGAGUACGAGCUCUGCAGCAGCAUCAGCGGCAGCAACUGCUGCGACUGCGUCAAAUAGUCAAAGCAGCACAUCAGUUGCUGUGGCGCCUGCUCCCUCCCUGCCAGCUGCUGAGCUCUAUACAUGCAGCAUCUGUGGCCAGCAGCUGCGCAAUCAGCGCGCGCUCAAGAAUCACCUGCACAACAAGCACAUUGCGAGGCCGACACAGACACAGACACAGACCCAGACCCAGACCCGGACAUCGACAUCGCCCAGUCCAAGACAGGCACAGCUGAGCAUUUGCGCCAAUUGCGGCGAGCUGCCUGGCCAGAAUCAUCGCUGUCUGAGCAAAGCCAAAUAUGCCUGCGAUCUUUGCGGCAAGUCAUUCAAAAUGAAACGCUAUCUGGAGGAACACUUUGCCACACACACGGGCGUCAAGCUGCACACCUGCGCCUUCUGCCCCACAGAGUUUCGCUCCAAAUCGAAUAUGUAUCAUCAUACCAAGCGCAAGCACAAAACCGAAUGGGAGCGCUCGCGGGCCAAUCGUAAUGCAGCAAAGUCAGCAGCCAGUGAGCAACAAUAGCAGGAACAGCUGGAACAGGAGCAGGAGCAGCUGCAGUUGCAACUGAAUGAAGCGGUCACAACAUCAAAUUCCUAGUGUGAACAGCGCGCACGAUAAUGUUAAGCCAGUCAGCGCUCUCUCUCUCUCUCUCUCUCUCUCUAAACACAUACAUAUAGACUAUAUAUAUACACACAUAUAUGUAUAUUAAAUAGUUACUUAUAUUAGCAUGUCUAGGCGUACGUACGUACUUAUGGUACUUCAUGGAUGUAUUUCGGGCUCGGAGCGACUGUGCCCCAGCCCCGAUGCUGUUGUAUAUAUCUAUAUAAUUACUUUGUAUGCGCUCCUCCGUUUAUGCCUUACCAACUAGAUGUAAAGCACUGCUUAAUCUCCUCCCAAAACGCCCUCUACUCAAUUGAUUUGUCCGAUAAGCCACACACAUCUGUAUAUAUUAUAUACA